AUUUAAAGAGGUUAAGUUGAAAUAAACAGGAAUACACGUGAACAUAAAUAUUUACUAAUUUUUUUAUUGUAAUCAAAAUAAGUAAUCAUAAUAAUUUGAAUAAACAUAACCUGUAAUGGAAGUGACAACUAAUUAUAUAUCUUGUGCAUGUAAUUAUUAUCCUCAUGCAGUAGAUUGGGGUAAAAAUGGUUUGAUAUGUUAUGCAAGUUCUCAUUCUGUUAUAAUAUAUGAUCCUUAUGCUGGACGGGACACUGGUCCAUGUAUUGGAAAAGUAUUAGAGACUUUAGACAAGCAUUCAAGUCCAAUAAAAAGUGUUCAGUGGAUAAAAACAGUUGGAGUUGAGCCAGAAACUGAAAUUGUUUCAGGUUCAUUGGAUGGCACGAUUGUAUUAUGGACACAAAAUGAUCAUAAUUCAUUUGAAGCAAGUUGUACUAUUGAAACCAAAGAUCAGUUGAUACUUACUCAAGCUUAUUAUAUUAAUGGAUCAGAUAAUCAAUCAUUACUUAUUUGUGGAGCUUUUUCGCAUGAUAAUAUUUUUAUUUGGCGUCGAGAUAAUUCUGGUGACAUUGUUGACAAACAAGAAUUGAAUUUAAACAAUAAGUUUCCGAUAAAUAUACAAUUUUUUUACCUUCCUACUUCAUCUUCUAGUAACAUUCCAGCUCUAAUAGUAACAACAGAUGAUAAUAUGAUUCAAUUAUUUGCUUGGAAUAAAUGUUCUGACACUUCUAAAAUAAACUUUGUACAUGUAAAAGAGUUGAAAGGUCACCAAGAUUGGAUCCAAGCUCUAGAUGUAAUUCAGAUCAAUGAGAAAGAAUCUUUUAUUGCUAGUGGAUCUCAAGAUGGAAUGAUCAGACUGUGGAAAUGUAGUUUAAAUGAAUCCGAAGAACUUUUUGAUGAAAUGACAACUCAAUUUUCUGUAGGAAAUUAUCACUUCAAUGUUUCUUUAGAGUCUGUCUUCAAAGGACAUGGAGAUUGGGUGUAUGGUCUUCACUGGCAUCCACCACUUCUUGAUAAAAAUGGAGAAAUAUAUAGACCUUUAAAACUUUUAUCGUGUGGGCUUGACAAAACUUUGGUCAUUUGGAAAGAAGGUAUUGCUCGAGCUUGGGUAGAAGCAGUAAAGCUGGGAAACAUUGGAGGUAAUUCUGCUGGAUAUUAUGGUUGUAGAUUUAAUGAAGAUGGAUCAAGUGUUUUAGCUUAUGGCUAUCAAGGUUCUUUUCAUAUAUGGGAAACAGGGAUAAUAGAAAGUGGAGAGGAAAAAUGGAUCCCAAGAUCUGCACCAAGUGGUCACUUUUCUGAAGUUAAUGAUCUAGCUUGGGAAGCUCAAGGAAGAUAUCUCAUGACUGUUAGUCUAGAUCAGACUACUAGAAUUCACGUUCCUUGGAAAAUACUCUCCGGUCAUGAUCAAAUUUGGCAUGAAAUCAGUAGACCUCAAAUUCACGGAUAUGACAUCAAUGUUCUAGCCAUACUUUCGGCUACCAAGUUUGCUUCAGGUGCUGAUGAAAAAGUGGUAAGGAUUUUUGAAGCUCCAGCACAUUUUGUAGAAGCAUUAAAAACUGGAGAUUGGAGGGAUUUCAAAAAAAUUAAGGAUAGGACAUCAGUUCCAGCAUUAGGACUUACUAAUAAAGUUGUUGAUAAUGGAGAAAUGUCUGAAGAAUGUCAUAAUGAAGACAUAAAUCCAGAUAUACCACCAACAGAAGAUGAAAUAAUUAAAUAUACUCUUUGGCCUGAAUUGGAAAAACUUUAUGGCCAUGGAUAUGAAAUUUUUGCUAUGGCAGCAACUCAUGAUGGAAAAUUUUUAGCCACUAGUUGUAAAUCUAAUUCUCAAGAACACGCAGCUAUUAUUAUUUGGGACAUGAAAACAUUUUCUCAAGUACAAAAACUUAUAUGUCAUAGGCUCACUAUAACACAAUUGGAGUUUUCUUUAAACGACGAAUACCUUAUUUCUGUUUCGAGAGAUAGAGGAUGGGGUUUAUAUCAUCGUUCUGAUGGAGUAACGAAUUACAGACUCAUUACGAAAAGUUCUGGCGCUAAUUCGCUGCAUUCAAGAAUUAUUUGGUGCUGUAGUUGGACUCAUGAUUCAAAAUACUUUGCCACUGGAUCUAGGGAUGGAAAAAUUGGCUUCUGGAAUGCUGAUGAGCUUAAAACAGAUAAUAAUAAAGGACCUACGAGUAGUUUGGAGAUAAAUAAUGCUUCUGUGACUGCUCUAGCGUUUGCAAAGGAAUUUUUACAAUCUAAUACAUAUAUUUUAGCAAUUGGCUACGAUGAUGGUGGGAUUGAGAUUCAAAAAAUAAUUGAUAGUGGUUCGAAUUUUGAAUUUAUAAGCUGUGGUAAAUUAGAGAAACCCAAAGGACACCAUAAAACUGUGAAAAGAUUAGCAUUUCGACCCCAAGAAGAAACUGAAACUCUUCAACUUGCAAGUUGUAGCUCAGAUUGGGCAGUAAAAAUUUAUACUUUGUACAGUGAAAAUUUAAAAAACAUUGUCAAAUAAAACAAAUAAUUUUUUGAUAA